UCUUUUAAGUGUUGUGGUGUUUCUACAGAGAUAGAUGGCUCUAAAAACAAUUUGAUCUUUAAUUUUAAGAGAGUUCUAGAUAUAAAAGGUGUAAAAAUUGAUAUUAAAAAGGAAGAAGAAAGUAACGAUCUAGUUUCAGAAGAUGCAGAAGAAAGUAAUGAACCAAUUCUGGAAGAUACAGAAGAAAGUAACGAACUAGUUCCAGAAG